AUCUUUUUUUGGUGUUCCGCUGGCUCGUGCUCUGUGCUGCUCUGCUCUGCUCUGGGUUCUGGCGCCGUUCCGUUUCCAUCUGCUCCCACAGCAACCGCCCACCAACCAUCGCCAAUACACCACCACAACCACACACCACACACCACACGCAUACACACACACACACACGCUACUACCCGUCCACCGUCAAACCCGUGCGGAAGACAAAGAGCGUUCGGCUGAGCACAGAGACACCACCAAGGAGCCUUUGCUCUCUUUUCCCCUUUCCUCUCCCCGCCACCUCGUCGCUAUAUCUCUGCAUCGAACCCAACGCUCCACGUCUCUGUGUCGCUUCUGUCAUCAUCGCCGGCUUCUGUCUGAACCAAUCCACGCUGCCUUGUUUCCCUCGCUGACGUGGUUCUCAACGCGACGUCUCCUCUCCGCACUCACCCACCUCAAGCUCUCAGACCGGCACUUCUCUACCAGAGUCGCACAUACAGCUACCCCGCGUUCGAAUUGCAUCAAUCAAUUAACAACAUUUACACCUCUCCUCUCCGAUCGCAUUUGAGGCAUAGCUCGCUCGCUCCGAACUAUCGCUCCCACGUCCAUCAUGGCCACCGCCCCCGAUGCUGCGGCCCAGCAGCCCAACGACACCACAACCGUUCCUACGACACCUCAAGAUACCACUGUCCUCGCAUUGAACUCUUCACAAGUGACACUCCCCUCUACUGAAGUGCCCGCAUCGCCCGCCGAAUCCAACCAAUCAUUCAAGACCGAAGUCAACGACGACCGUCUGAGCUCCUCCGCCGUCAUUCCCUCGUCCCUGACACCGCCGCCCUCAUCGCAGUUGCUUGCGCAUACCGGCAACGGCGCUCUGCAGACCGCAUACGGCGCCUCCCAGCGAUCCGCUCUCUUCUCCCCGCCCGCCACAGGCCACAACGCGACGGUACGACGAGAUGGAGGUCUUGGGACCGAAUACAUCCCACCCGCCCCUCAGCAGGUUGUCGAAGCUACCGCAGACGAACUUCGAGCCAUGAUGCAGGCUAGUAUCGCAGAACACGCAAAGCUGAAGAUGGAGGCCGCGCACCACAAGCUCCAGUAUAACCUGCUAAGCCUCCAGGCGGACGAGGAUGCCAAGAGGGCAGCCGUGGAGCACGAGAUGACCAGGCGAGAGAUCGAGGCCCUCAGGACAGCAGAGUACUCCCGUCAUGCUGUCCGCGAACUCAGCGCUGCAUCAGAGUCGGCGCAGAUGAAGUACCUCCAGAUGAAGAUGUGGUACGAAGAGGCCAUGGACGAGAACGAGGGCCUCGUGCGAAGAGUCAAGAGGGCAAAGAAGGUUAUUUCACACAAGGAGGAGGAAAUUAUCGGCCUCACAGAGGAGCGCGACAUGCUGCUCAACCGCAUCCGGGAGAAUCGGGAACACUUUCACAUGCUGUGCAGCCCCGGCGGAAUCUUUCACGGUGCCAUGACGCCCAAGCAGCCCGCCGUCUCAACUCCCCAGCAGCCUCACCGAGCUACCCCCAAGCAGCAGACGCCUCGGUCGGCCAACCGUGAGGCCAGGGUGGUCGACCGCGAUCACGGCCCCGAGCCCAUUGCGGCUCUGCUGCAGGCCCUCAGCCAGGACAACAACAGCGCGCCCUCGACGCCCACGACGGCGGUCAGACCCGCGCCCCGCAUGCCUCCCAAGCACACCCGAAACGCACAGUCUCUAUCUGCCCUGCCAACGACGCCGCUCUCCCGCACCCAGCGCCAUGAGCAGCAAUCUGGCCUCUUGCCCUCUGUGAACCUAGUCCCUCAGAGCGAGCCUCGGUACCGGUACAGCAACUCACAAAUGAUUCCUGGCACGCCGCCACCGGCCAUCCAGGAGCGGGUUCAAGAGCGCGCUCGCAAGAGCCGGGAGAGCACUAUUUCGGCCGAUGACAACGAAGAGCUCGCCCGCCAGGCUCUCGAGUCCGUAGCCAAGUCGGCCUCGUUCCUUUCGCAAGCAUCUCGCACCUCCCGUGGCGCUCGCCGUCCACUCCCCGGCGGCAGCGGCAAUGACGACGAAGAGGAAGUUUACGAGAGCCAAGCGAGCCAGGCAGCGUCCGAGAUGUUGCGCCGCGACCCCCGUGAGAGCUUCGAAGUUGCCAGCUCUGUUGGUUCUCGCGACGGCACACCUGCACCGGCCGAGAAGAGCGCCAGACUCCAGGCGAAGCUGUUCUCUGGCAUUACUAAGAGUGGUGCGGACAAGCGCAAGUUCAACGGGGGUGUGUCUAACGGUCACGGCCAAGAGGCACGAUCGGACAUGGUGAGCCCGACCAAGAAGAUGCGGGUGGGCGGUCCCCUUGGCGGCGACAACCCAAAGGUCGGACUUGGGAUCCAGUACGGUUACAGUUGAAACCCGACGUACGGAUAGGCUACAGACUUCAGAGUAUCGCGUGUGCGCUGCACCUCACCUGUCUCUGUCUGCCAGGCCCUGGUGCAAGCGCACAAGCGAUCCCCGCCGCGGAUGGUUCGUCCGGUGAGGUGGCUGGGUUUGGGGAGCAGAGAGCGGUGUGUGGGGAUAGCACGGCGGCUGCGGCGUUGUUCCUAGCCGAGGAGGGGUCUUCGGGUCCUUGGGGACCUCUUUUUUUUUUCGUCCUUUGCCUAUUUUUUGCUGCCCUUUUGCUGCAGCUACAGGGGAUAUUUGACGUGGCAUCAUGCAGGUGGGCUUUGGGCCGCACUUUAUGGAGACAUUUUUUUCUGCGAGAACGCGAGGGAAGGACACCGACAAAAGGGCAGAGUGAAGAAGAAGAAGAUGGCCAAAAAUUGCAUUGACGAAGAUUAUGAUACCACUGGCCAUCGCUGGCCAUCGUUUGGUUUUUUUAUUUUGGGUUUUGGGUUUUCUACCAGGUACCAGGCAGGGUUUCCGAGGGAUGGGAUGGGAUGGACAAAGUCUGUACAAUACGAUUAUUGCAUUUACACAUACAUCAAUGGGUAACGACACUUGACGACGACUGCGAACAUUCACUCUCACUCUCACCCUGAUAAACUCUCGGUAAAUCUGGUGAUCGCACUUUGGAGGGGUCUCGACCGAUGGACGGGUAGACCGACACAACUGCGUUGUCCAGCCCAGACUCUUCUUACAGACUCACUCACCUCUAUUCUCCAUCUCGAGUUAGAGUGAUGCAUCAACCCCUGUCCGUCCUUCCGAUCCAGAACGAAGGUGAACCACAAAAGCUACGAAUUGGAACGAACCAUUCCCUCUC